UUCAAUUCUCUCUCUAAAAACGUGUUUUACAAAUCAACAAUGAUCUCAUCGAUUCUUCUAUCUAUCACCGUCUCAAUGAUCAUCAUUCUCGCUUCAUCAAUUGCAGAAGCGAAAUCUUCAUCUGACAUCGAUUUGUCCUACAUGGAUCAACGAGAUGAUAGAUCAUGUACAAUCGGUAAUAUCCGGAAUCAAACCGCAUCCGGAAGACUAUUGAGAGCUGAAAUUCCUAUACUCCCGCCUUCCUUGCUCGAAUGUAAGAAAUGGAGCAAGGCGUGCGCCAAUGAGAUCAUGAGGAUCGCCAACGCUCCGGAGAACGUUCUAUGGAUGAAACAAAUUCGAAGACGUAUCCACGAGAAUCCGGAGUUAGCGUUUGAGGAAUUCGAGACUAGUCGAUUAGUUCGUCAAGAACUGGACCGGAUGGGGAUCAGUUACCGUUUUCCUCUUGCUACUACUGGUAUACGAGCAUCUAUAGGCACCGGAGGACCUCCUUUUGUCGCACUCAGAGCCGACAUGGAUGCCCUCCCUAUACAGGAAGCGGUUGAAUGGGAGCAUAAGAGUAAAGUCGCUGGCAAAAUGCACGCCUGUGGUCACGACGCACACACUACGAUGCUCCUCGGUGCGGCGAAGAUCCUCAAAGCUCGUGAACGUUAUCUAAAGGGCACAGUAGUAUUAUUGUUUCAGCCAGCUGAAGAAAAAGGUAACGGUGCCAAGAGAAUGAUCGAUGAUGGGGCAUUAGAGAAUGUGGAGGCGAUAUUUGCUCUUCAUGUAUCCCAUGAGCGAAAAACGGGUAUGAUUGGGUCUAGACCGGGCACAAUAUUGGCUGGUUGUGGGUUCUUCAGGGCUGUAAUUUCUGGGAAAGAUGAACGUUCAGAGUAUCCUAACCGCUCUAUUGAUGCUGUUCUAGCUGGUUCGGCUGCUGUAAUUAGCUUACAGGGCAUCGUGUCUCGUGAAACCAAUCCACUUGAUUCUCAGGUGGUAUCAGUGACUAUGUUCAAUGGAGGCAACAACGAUCUGAACAACAUCCCAGAUACAGUCAUAAUUGGAGGCACUUUCAGGGCAUUCUCAAACAUAUACGAACUUCGUAGGAGAAUCGAGGAGGUAAUCGUGGAACAAGCAAACGUGAUGAGAUGCAAGGCAAGCGUGGAGUUCUUCGAGAAAGAGUACACAAUAUACCCACCAAUGGUGAACAGCGAGCGUAUGUACGAACAAAUGAGAAAAGCGGCGGCAGAACUGAUUGGAGAGGAGAAGUUUGUGGUGGUUCCGCCUAUAUUAGGGGCGGAGGAUUUCUCGUUUUACUCGGAAGUAGUGGAGGCGGGAUUCUUCUAUGUUGGUGUAAGGAACGAAACAUUGGGGUCUGUACAUAGCGGGCAUUCGCCACAUUUCAUGAUCGAUGAAAAUGCUUUACCUAUUGGGGCUGCUGCUCACGCGACCCUUGCUGAAAGAUACUUUCAUCAAGAAUAAGGUAUUUUUGUACCUCUUUUGAGAAAGUAAAUGAAAAUAAAAAUAAAGGGGGUAUAAUAGGAAACAUAGUGCUAGUAAUGUCAUGUAUCCAGUACUAAUGUAAGUUAGGGCUUCUCUAUUUAUUUAUAUGUGUUUUCGGGAACACAUGUAAAAUUAAACUGUAUAGAGAUCAAUUUUUAGCUUGCCAUUGAAGUUCUAAACAUUUUACCAUUUGCAAGCAAAUUGUUACUUGGUUUUUGAGAUCUUUUAUCU